CACCGGAAGCUCAGUGUAAUCCUGCUGCUGGAUGCUCCGUUUGUCCGCCUGCUUCGCUUUUAUUUCGCUUUGUGUCUUUUAAACACUACAGACACCUUUAUUCGUGGGUUACAUGUCAGUGCGGGUCCUUAGUUCUUCUACGGAAAUGCGCAUGCGUCAGUGAACCGCCGCGUCCCCUACUUUAGCUUUGAACAGAUAAAAACAGGUUGAUUUCAAAGAUGAACUGUGUCCAAAACAGAAGUAUGCACCCGCACCUGCGCGACGAGGAGGCGGUGGUUGUGGAGAACGCCAUCAGACUGGCCAUAGACUCCAUAGUCAACGUCCUGUACGGAGUGAACGGCGGCCGUGCGCGUGAGUACCAGAGGAUGGUGGCCGACAGGGACAAAGAGAUCCGGCGGCUCGAGCGCAGGCUCCGGGAGAUCGAGCACGAGCUGCAGCUGCUGCGGCGGCAGGGCUGCACGUGCGGGCUGCUGGAGGCGGAGCUGGGCCCGGUGGGGGGGCGGGGGUCCGGGGAACAGAGCGGGUUCGAGCCCGGUACCGUGGACCCGGAACCGGAGACCACCGUAGGGCAGCACGAGGGGGAAAUGAGCAUCUCAGUGGGCCUUUUUGCCAGACCUCCCUCCCAGGUUUCGUCGUCUCACAGCCAUGAGUCGGCUCCGCCUUCAUCUCCCAGCAGACCGGGCCUGGACCAGACCGGAACCUCCCACUCAUCAGAUGCGUCAGGAGGAUCCGACAGAACCGGGAACCUGCCUACGUCUCCCAGCAGUAGCAGCGGCGGUGUCGUGGUCAAAGAGGAGCCGUGUGACACCGAGGCAGUGUUCAUCAAAUGGGAGAUGAGUGAGGAGAGAUUCAAGGAGCAUGAGGAGAGCAGAUCCAGUCCACAUCCAGACCUGCACGGACCCAGAUCCAGUCCACAUCCAGACCUGCACAGACCCAGAGGACAAGAUAAACUGGAGAACAGAGGAAGGCAGAUGUUCAUGGACAGACCUGAGUCCGACCCAUGUGAACACAGCGUCAUGGAAGGAGACCAGAUGAGGAGGAAGAGGAGCGUCCCCAUGUCGGAGCUGCCGGAGGAGGCCCAGAGGCUGAAGCGGGCGGCGUGGAGGGCGGCGUCCAGACGCUACUACGCCCGGAAGGUGGCCCGGCAGCAGGGGAACCCCCCCAGGCCCGGCGCCUUCCCUCCCGUCACACACUCUCAGUUGUCAGCGCCCAUGUCCUUGGCCAAUAAGAGGAGGAGGACGCUGAUAUCGGAGUUACCUGCGGAGACCCAGAGCCUGCAGAGGGAGGCGUGGAGGGCGGCGUCCAGGAGGUACUACGCACGCAAAAUCGGUCGGCAGACGGAGCCCCCGCAGUUCAGCCACUUUCUGCAGGACAUGGACCCGACAGGGCAGAGGCAGCCGCCGGAGGCCAGGGGGGGGCGGCUGGGGGGGAUCCUGUGCAGCUGAUGGACAGGACACAUGCUGCUGGAGGCGGAGCUUGUAGCUCAGUUUGGACAUUAGUGUCCUUAUGUCUCAUGUUUGAGUGGACCCUAAAGGCAGGUCCAGUGGUACCGGUCCCAUCAGAGCCGAAGGCAGAACCCAGACCUGGUGACCCACUUUGACCCCAGCCUCAGUAAAGAGGGUCAGUGAGUCCUACCCAUGUGGACCAUGUGUCAGCUGACAGGACGGACAUGACCACUGGACGCCCAUUCAUUCACUGCUGAGUCAAAGUGGUUUAAACUAAAGGACAGAUAUUUACUGAUUUAUUUCUUUUUUUUUUUUAAAUCAAGUAUAUUUAUUGAUUUUUCUGGUGUGAAGGAAAGUAUACAGUAUUUGUUCAAUUGAAGACAGUGUUUUUCAAUACAGGAAACAAAUAUCAGACUCCCAACAACCGAACCAAAACAGAAAAAGAAAAAAGAAAAAAAAAAGGAAAACCCCCCCAAAAAGAAAACCAGGGACCAUAGAUGUACUGCCUUUAGAGCAGGGGUGUCAAACUCAUUUUCUUUCGGGGGCCACAUUCAGCCCAAUUUAAUCUGAAGUGGGCCGGAACCAGUAUAAUAAUAGCAUGAUAGCCAAUAAAUAAUGACAA